AUGCCCGGGUCUUCAGCAGCGGCGCCGUCAGCGCCAGCGGCAACUACUGCAGAAGUCACCACACCGACCGCAGAAAAGCCAACCGCAACACCAACCGAUACGUCAACCACAUCCGAGCCAACAGCUGCUACUGCUACUACUUCUUCUUCCUCUUCCUCAACAUCUUCCUCUACAUCGUCCACCUCAUCAACGUCUUCUACAAUUACCUCGGCGCAGCCACCGACAACGACCAGCACCAGUAGCACUUCCACAAGUCCAGAAACUUCCACCACAAGCAGCACCACCGAUGCGUCUUCUGUCAUUACAUCAAUAAUCACAACGUCGGCAACAGAUGGCACUACAGGACCACAAACUGUUAUUAUUACAUCCACAGAUACUUCGUUACCCACUCGAUCAACUGGAAAUUCAGCCAACAGUAUAUCUGCCACAGCAACAGGUUCGUCAACAACAGCAUCUGCCACAGGCGGAAGUGGAAGUGGUGGCUCUGGGCUUUCGCCUGGUGGGACGAUAGCGGUUGCAGUAGUUGUACCGGUCGCCUCUGUGGCAAUUAUCAUCUUAGCUGCUUUGUAUUUUUGGAGGAAGUGGAAGGCAAAGAAAGCAGCGGAGGAGGAACGGAGGAAGGAAGUGGAAGAAUACGGGUUCAAUCCGAAUAAUGACCCAACUCUUCCGCCUAUUAUGGGAGGUGGUGCUUUCGAGCCCAAGGAUGAUACUUCAGGUUAUCGAGGAUGGGGGACCACGUCAGCUGGUCGCAAAGCAUCUACUAACUUGUCGAGUGGUGCCGGAGUUGGGCUAGCAAUGUCCGAGGCAGGAAGUGCUCCUGGUUAUCACCAUGCCGCUACCCCAAGCGAUGGCACCAUUCAAUAUUCAGACGGCCCGGCAGUGGGUGAGACGGAUCCUAUCGGCGUUUUAGGGGCUGCCCCGGUGGCUGCGGCGAACAAUCGUACCACAGGUAUACAUCGUGGCCCGUCUAACGCUUCAUCCGCGUAUUCUGCCGCCAACCGUUCGGAGGCUUCGGACGAAAGUCACAUGUCCGCUACCCACCCUUCGGGUCCUUUCUACGACGAUAACCCUUACUACAAUGAGAUGCAACCACAGUAUGGGGCGUAUGGUGAUGGCCCAUAUGGGGGAAGUCCACCUGUGAUUCGAGAUGUUCAAGCACGACGCAACACUCGUAUUGAGAACCCCGCAGUCUUCCCUAGACAAGGAAAUGCCGGAAUCGCUCAAAACUUUUGA